AUUUCUGCAACCUUUCUUCUUUUUUUUUUCGAGAUUUCUUUGUAGAACUUUCCUGCUCUCUCCUUCUCUUGUGUUCUCGGGCACCUCUCCUUCCAUCAGCUCCUGCUACAGUACCUCCUGUGUUCUUGUGCUGGUAUUACACCGCACCCCCACACACACACACACUUGGCCUGUCUCCUCAUUCAGAUUUUCCUGCUGCUUUUAUUGGACAGUUUCAGAGAUUUUUUCACUUCGCUAGUUUUUUUUGGUUUGCUUCUUCCUUUUUCCGUAUUGUUGUGAUAUUGUUUUGACUCAGUAAACCGGUGCCCAACUGCUUCACUUUUGGGUUUCUUUGCAAUCGGCGGGGUGAAUUUAUGAUGAGAGAGCAAAAUGGAUGAAUUCCACCCCUUCAUCGAGGCCCUGCUGCCCCACGUCCGCGCCUUCGCCUACACGUGGUUCAACCUGCAGGCUCGCAAGCGCAAGUACUUCAAGAAGCACGAGAAGCGCAUGUCCAAGGAGGAGGAGCGCGCCGUCAAGGACGAGCUCCUGGGCGAGAAGCCCGAGAUCAAGCAGAAGUGGGCGUCGCGCCUCCUCGCCAAGCUCCGCAAGGACAUCCGGCCCGAGUUCCGCGAGGACUUUGUGCUCACCAUCACGGGGAAGAAGCCGCCCUGCUGCGUGCUGUCCAACCCCGACCAGAAGGGCAAGAUCCGUCGCAUCGACUGCCUCCGCCAGGCGGACAAGGUGUGGCGGCUGGACCUGGUGAUGGUCAUCCUGUUCAAGGGCAGCCCCCUGGAGAGCACGGACGGGGAGCGGCUGGUCAAGUCGCCCCAGUGCUCCAACCACGGCCUGUGCGUCCAGCCGCACCACAUCGGCGUGUCCGUCAAGGAGCUGGACCUCUACCUGGCCUACUUCGUCCAUUCGCCAG